UGUACCCAAAUUCAAAAUACACUUGCACUCCCACCUCUCUCUCCCUUCCAUCUCCACAUUUCGCCCUGAUCUCCUUCCAUUCGAAAUGCCUUUCAUUUCAGACACGGCGAGCGCCCUCAAGAGCCGGUUCGGGUUCCACGACCACUCUUCCGACCCGGUCCGGAGCACUCCGGAUCUUCACAAAUCCGCCGCCAAAGGGAGUUUCUCGGCGCUGAGGAGCAUCGGCGACUGGGACGACGACCACGACGACGACGAUGACGGGAAAGUCAGCACCGCUACGACGUCGUCCAGCCAGAGCUUCGAGUUCCGCGAAGACCCCUCGUUCUGGAAAGAUCACAACGUCCAGGUUAUUAUUCGGGUUCGUCCGCUUAGUAGCACUGAAAUAUCUGUGCAAGGCUAUGGCAAAUGCGUUCGUCAAGAUAGCUGUCAGACGGUUACUUGGACCGGGCAUCCAGAGUCCCGGUUUACAUUUGACAUUGUUGCAGAUGAGAAUGUUACGCAGGAGCAGUUAUUCAAAGUGGCAGGAUUGCCGAUGGUGGACAACUGCAUGAUAGGCUACAAUAGUUGCAUGUUUGCUUAUGGCCAAACCGGAAGUGGGAAGACCCACACAAUGCUUGGAGAUAUUGAGGGAGGUACACGAAGACACAGUGUCAACUGUGGGAUGACGCCUAGAGUCUUUGAGUACUUAUUCUCAAGAAUUCAAAAGGAAAAAGAGGCAGGCAGAGAUGAAAAGCUAAAGUUCAUAUGUAAAUGCUCAUUUUUAGAAAUAUACAACGAACAUAUUCUGGAUCUUUUGGACCCGUCAUCUAACAACUUGCAGAUAAGAGAAGACAUAAAGAAAGGGGUUUACGUGGAAAAUCUCAAGGAGGUUGAAGUUACAAGUGCUCGAGAUGUUAUCCAACAACUUAUUCAAGGUGCAGCUAACAGAAAGGUAGCUGCUACUAAUAUGAAUCGUGCCAGUAGUCGGUCCCAUAGUGUAUUCACGUGCAUCAUCGAAAGUAAAAGAGAAUGCCAAGGAGUAACUCACCAUCGGUUUGCUCGGCUUAAUCUUGUUGACUUAGCAGGAUCUGAAAGGCAGAAGAGUUCUGGUGCUGAAGGUGAACGGUUGAAGGAAGCUACUAAUAUCAACAAGUCUCUUUCAACGUUGGGACUUGUGAUUAUGAAUCUAGUAAAUAUGUCCAAUGGGAAGUCACUCCAUGUUCCGUACCGGGAUUCAAAGCUAACAUUUUUGCUUCAGGAUUCUCUCGGUGGGAAUUCCAAGACAAUUAUAAUAGCAAAUAUCAGUCCUUCUAGCUGUUGUUCAUUGGAGACAUUGAGCACUUUGAAGUUUGCACAACGUGCUAAAUUCAUUAAGAACAAUGCAAUUGUGAACGAGGAUGCAUCUGGAGAUGUUAUUGCGAUGAGAGUGCAAAUUCAUCAGCUUAAGAAAGAAGUAUCCCACUUACGAGGCCUUGUGGGUGGAGGCAUUGAAAAUCAGGACAAUGAAACUUUGGCUGUAAGCUUUCCAGGAUCUCCUGGAUCUUUUAAGUGGGAUGGACAUGGAUCCUUUAGUCCACUUGCUUCUGGUAAAAGAAUAUCUCAGAAAAAGGACUAUGAAGUUGCUCUUGUUGGGGCUUUCAGGAGGGAAAAGGAUAAAGACACUGCACUGCAGGCGUUGGCUUCUGAAUGCCAGGCAGCUAUGAAGCUAGCCAAACAAAGAGAAGAUGAAAUACAGGGCCUGAAGAUGAGGCUUCGAUUUCGAGAGGCUGGCAUAAAAAGGUUGGAAGUGGUAGCCAGUGGAAAGAUCUCUGCUGAGACACACUUAUUAACGGAAAAGGAGGAACAUUUGAAGGAAAUAGAGGUAUUGCGUUCUCAGGUUGAUCGAAGCCAAGAAGUGACUAGAUUUGCUAUGGAAAAUUUGCGGCUAAAGGAAGAAAUCAGAAGGUUAAAGUCAUUUUAUGAAGAAGGUGAGCGGGAGAUAAUGAAUGAACAAAUAAUGGUGCUACAGAACAAGUUGCUAGAAGCUCUCGAUUGGAAACUUAUGCAUGAAUCAGAGCCCUCCAUGAUUCAGAAUACAAAUCCAGAUGUGCCCAUGGAAGCUCAGCAUGAUGAUGAUGAUGAUUUUCUGAACUCCAAACAGGAGAAAGCAUUCCAUUGGCAAUCUUCAAUCAAUGAGGAGAAUGAAUUUCUCCGUAUGCAGGCCAUUCAAAACCAAUCAGAAAUUGAUACGCUUCAUAGACAGCUUGAAGUCUGCCUUGAAGAGAAAGGGAAUUUGGAAAGGAAUGUCAAUGAUUUGAUGACAAAACUUGAAGAAGAGACAUCUAGAGCCCUGAAAGAAAACACAAAUCAAGUUGAGCUUCCUUCCUUGUUAUCGGAUGUGCCCAUCAUUAAUUUCAGUGAUCAAAUGGAGCUAAAAACAAUGGUUGACGCAAUUGCUGCUGCAAGUCAGAGAGAGGCUGAGGCUCAUGAGACAGCGAUAACCCUGUCUAAAGAGAAUGAUGAACUGCGAAAGAAGCUUAAGGUUUUGAUUGAAGAUAAUAAUAAGCUCAUUGAAUUAUAUGAAGGGGCCACUUCAGAGAGUAGCUACAGAAAUUUAAAUAAGUCUGAAAGUACUCAUGAUGGCACUGAAACUCACAGUAAUGGUGGUUUUGUUGAACUUGCUAAAGCAACGGAGCUUAAGAACUUGAAGCAUCAGCUUGUGGAAAUGCAUGAAGAAAAUGAAAAACUUUUGGGUUUAUAUGAAAGAGCCAUGCAGGAGAGGGAUGAAUUCAAAAGAGUGCUUUCUUCCUGUGGACAGAAAAGAGUAGAUGAUAAAGUACUUGAAUCCCCAGAGAAGCUUGUUGAAGUUGAUGGAGGGAAACACAUAAGUGCAUCUCCUACGGCUGUUGAGGGGAGGAAUUUUAUUAUUGAAGAUGGUAUUCCUGGUUCUGAUGGAGGAGAAAGUCCUCAGUUUGGGAAACCUACAUGUCAAGGAGCACUCUCAAUUCAGGAAUCUGGUCUGUCCGGAUUCACUGCACAAGAUGGACAUCAUACAUCUGAUGAAGUGAAAAUGUGUACUGAAGAAAGUAGUGGCUCAAGAUUCGUUGUGCAUGAUACUGAAAUAAAUUUAGGAAAUGAGGUUGAUGUGGGAAUUAAGUCUGGCAUGGUGAUGGAGACACCAUAUCUCACUACUGUCAAGAAUACUGAAGCAACAACCUAUACUGAAAGAUUCAUGAUGCAUGAUGCUGGAACUCAGUCUGACAUGGAAAUGGAGACACCAAAUUUCACUACUGUCAAUAAUACUGAAGCGGAAGUUGAUAUUGGAACUCAGUCUGAUAUGAAGCUGGAGACACCAUCUCUUACUACGGCAAAGCUUUCAGAGGAUCUAAAUUUGGUCAGAAAGAAACUGGAAAGAGCAGAUGAACAACUUGUAGAUUCUGCCCAAACUGUUGCUGCAUUUUCUUCCGUUGAGAAAGUAAUACUAGAGGUUGGCACACUCUCAAGAGAAAUUGAUGUAAUGGAAGAUGAAAUUCAGGUCAAGCAGCAGCAAUUGGAAUCCUAUAAGCUUCUCGCUUCAAAAAAAGAAGAAGAAAGGACUCUAAUUGACAAAAAGUUGUCAGCUCUCAAAUACUCCUUGUCCAACUUCUCUUCAUCAGUACUUUACUUUGAGCAACGAGAAGCUCGGGCAAGAGCAAAGGCAACUGCUUCAUCAUCUUAUCUGGGCCAAAAGAAAGGGGAAUUCAUCUGUCUACAAGCGGAGAAGGAUGAAAUAUCUGCUGCACAGAGAAAAAUGCAAGAAUCUGAAGUUGAAUUAAAGAACAUCCUUUCAUGCUUGAAGUCAAAACUGGAGGAAGAAAUUCAAAAACAACAGACUGAUCAGGUUCUCUUUGCAAUAGAUAAUGUCGAAAGGAUAGAUACCUCUCAGAAAAAUUGGCAGUUGGGAGGUAAAGCUACUGAGUUACUGAAGUCCGAGGAAGAGAAAACCAAGCUGCAGACCGAGAUGAAGCUAUCUCAAGAAAAACUUGGUGCUUUAAGAAAGGAACUUGAGGAGUUGAACAGGAAAUCUGAAAAGGUAGAAAGUAAGAUGUUGGCUGUUCAGGUGGAGAUACAGAAAGGUUUGAGGUCUGUGGAAGAGACAGAACUUCACCUUCAGGGUGUAAUUAAGGAGAAGGAGAUGCUGUUGGAAGUAAGAGAUAAUGGAAAGAGUGAAAUCGAAAGUCUGAUACUUGAGUACCAGCAGCAUUGGUUUGAAUCAGAUUUGAAGGAGGGAGAGAUGGAGAUUUUGGAGGAGGAGUUGCAGAUUGAGUUAAAGAAGAUGGAUGACCUUCGUAUAUCAAGGGCUCUAGCAGCUGAGAAGACAAACCAGUUCUUGGACGCGAGAUCUAAUACAUGUUUCUUAUCAGAAAAGAUGGAAGUAGAGCUUCAAAGUGUUAGGGAAUAUGUUCUAGAGGCCAAGUCAUUGCUAGGGGAGGAAAAUUCAACCGUCAGUUGAAUCCUUUAUCAACUGUCACCACAAUUUACUGUAUUUCCACAAGAGAGGAAGCUUCGAUUAGACUCCCCAACUGUGUAAUUAGCAAUUCACUUCUCUCUCCUGCUUUCUAUGAACCAACAUUGCAACUGUUCCAUUGGUUUUAAUCACUUUUUCCCCUGUUGAGUAGAAAGUAGCAUCAUAUUCAACUGGACUUGAUGUUUGUGA